AUGAGGUUGUAUUCUUGCAUCGUUCUAGCUGCCCUGAACAGCGUGGCUUCAGCCUCCCCUCGAGCAGCCGGCCUCUACAACUGUGUCUCCCAUAUCUUCGGGGAUUCUGCGGCACAGCGAAUUGUCACGCCAGGCAACGCUACCUACCUGGACGCCCGGCUAGGCGAGAAAAUCCAAUUCGACGAGCUGCCGGUGCUCAUCGCCUACGCGCAGGAAUCCAAGGAGAUCGCGCCCUUGAUCAAAUGUGCCCAGCAAGCCGAUAUCAAGGCCGUCCCACGAACUGGCGGGCAUAGCUUCGAGGCCUACUCCGCCUUGAAUGGAACCCUGGUCAUCGACAUUGCACACAUCAAUGGCGUAGAUGUCUCCGAUGAUAAGAAAACGGCUGUUGUCGGCGCAGGGAUCCGUCUGGGUGCUCUGUACACAGCCCUUAACGAACACGGAACAUCCUUCAUCGGCGGCAUCUGCCCUACAGUCGGCCUGGCUGGGUUUCUGGGCUCGGGCGGGUUCAACAUGCAGCAAAGAUCCCAAGGGCUGGCGGUUGAGCAUGUCCUCGCAGCAAAGGUCGUGCUCGCAGAUGGGCGCACCGUCGUCGCGUCGCCAGAUACCAACCCUGACCUGUUCUGGGCAAUCAGGGGCGGCGGAGGAGGCACGUACGGAAUCGUCGUCGAGUACACCCUGUCUCUCACGCAGAUCCCACGCUCUGCUAUGCUUAUGCUGAAGUGGAACGAUACUGCAUCCCGAUUCCCCGCCACGAAGCAAUACCUCGACUGGGCGCCCAAGCAAAUACCCGAGUUUAUGUCCCAGAUCAACGUCUACCGCGACAAUGUACAGGUACUAGGAUGGUAUUACGGGGGCACAAAGGACCAGCUGGCUUCGCUUGUGGAUUCCUCUGGCCUGCUUGACAUUGGUAGCCCCGAGGUAGUCAUCGCGGGGGACUGCAAUACGGACAAUGCGCGUGUCUUUGGAUACACGACGAUGGAAUGUCUCCCGGACGAUGAGGUUGACUCGUCCAUUCUCAAUGUUAUUCCGGACCCAUUCAGCCAGGUCGGAAAUUAUACGCAGUUCCAGUGGAACGAGGUGCCCAAGUCCACGUCCACGCCUGUUGCAUAUCCAUGGGAACGCUUCCACCGUCUAAGCAAGUCGUUUUUUGUUCUCAAGGACAGCCCGCUCACCGAUGAAACGCUGGAGAGUCUGCUCGACCGCAUCGCGGCCCUGGAUGGAGAGAGUCAAGUCUGGGGCGAGUGGCACGCGUGGAAUAUCACUACACCGGCAAAGGGGACCAGCAACGCGUUUCCCUGGCGGGAGAAGGCAUAUGCGCAUCUGGAGUUUCAGAUCCAUGGAGCACCGGAUGAUGAGGAGCGCCAGGGGAAAUAUGAGGAGUGGUUUGAGGACUUGGAGUCGUAUUUGAGGCCGGCGGUGGGAGGCGCGAGUUACUCUGGCUACGUUGAUGGGAAGAUCUCGACGGACCCGUUGACGAGCUACUAUGGCGAUAAUGUUUGCAAGCUGGUGUCGGUCAAGAAGAGAUAUGACCCGGAGGAGUUCUUCACGAACCCUGCUUCAAUCCCGGUUUCUGAGGAGGGAUGCUAG